AGUAUAGUGACAGUGACUGGCAAGUGGCAAUUGGUACGGUGAAUGUGAAUGCGUUAACACGAAGAAGUGACGGCUCGAAUGCAAGUGUGAUUAUAGGCAAGAAAAUAACCAUUAGUGUCAGAAAAAUGUUAAGGUGAGUGCAGCGACCAUAUUCCUGAAAAGGUUCUCCUGUGCCAAGAUGAAUACCCCGUGGAUAAUACAAUGACAGAAGGAUAUUCAGAAAUCUCCGACGGGAUAUUUUUAUUAAAACCAUCAUAAUGGGGUCCAGAUUGAGGGAAAAUGUAAAGCAUAUAUUCGAAUGUUUCUGCGAGAUAGCAGCACCGGUAGGAGAGAAACAAGCCUGGAUACUUCAAAAAUACCCUGAAACAUUUGCUGAUCAGGAAAUAUUGAGAUCAGUUCCUAAGUUCGCUUAUCCUUGCGAAGUAGAAAACGUACUAGUUCAGCAUUUCUCAUUUGUACUCACAAGCAUAGACUCGAAAUGGACGUUCGGAUUUUGCCGACAUGACCCGAAAACAACAACUGCCUUGGUAGUUUUAAGUGCACUACCGUGGCACGAAACAUUUUACAAGCUCUUAAACCAUAUAGCAACGCUAACUUCAAGUAAAAAUGAUGGCGAAUUAGUAAAAUUUCUUGAAGAUGUCCAUAAUACUGCAGUUCCGGUUUGUGGAACUGCUGCCAGUAUUCCACUUCCCGAUACAAGUGCUGUAUUCGUUUGCCAAAGUCCAAAACAAUUCCAGUUACCGAGUAUACCAGAAACUAGAAACUUAACGGAAUAUUUUAGUGCUGUAGAUACGCAUAAUAUGAUGAUAAUAUUUGCUUCGAUGCUUUAUGAAAGGCGCAUUGUUUUCACUUCAAAGAAACUCUCCAGGCUGAGUGCUUGUGUGCAGGCCUGUAAUGCUCUCAUUUAUCCGAUGAUAUGGCAGCACAUUUACAUCCCCGUUUUACCACUAUCCCUGAUGGAUUAUUUACUGGCACCCAUGCCAUUUCUCAUAGGAGUUCCAGCAUCGACUCUUCAGAGGGUGAAUAAAAAUGAUAUGGGUGAAGUCGUAGUUCUGGAUGCGGACAGUAACAAUGUGGAUACACCUUUCCAUGACCUCGAGUCUUUACCGCAGGACGUGGUAACGAAUUUAAGAAAAGCGUUGAGAAACAGACCAGCUCUUCUCGGAGAUGGAGUUUCGAGAGCUUUUUUAAGAGCUUUAGUGCAAUUGACUGCGGGUUACAGAGAAGCUUUGACUCUACAACAAGGAGAACGCAUUACCUUUGAUCCAAAUAAAUUCGUCGAGAGCAGGCCUCUUUCCAUGCAACCCUUUCUGAGAAAGAUGUUGGAGUUACAAAUAUUUCAGCAGUUUAUAGAAGAGAGACUGCACAUGCUGAAUUCUGGACUAGGAUUCUCGGACGAAUUCGAAAUGGAGGCUUGCAAUUAUUCGGACAAGUCUGGUAGUAAAUUUAUGCAACAGUACCGAGAGUGGACCUUUGCGAUGCGAAAAGAGGGUUCUGCAUUUAUUAGAAGUGUCAAAGACAAGGCGAAUCCGGCUGUCAAGUACGCCGUCAAAUCUGUGAAAGAUAGGGGAAAGGAUAUGAAAACUGCUUAUAAGGGCCUGAAGUGGAAAGGCCGGUCGAGUAGACACGAAAAUAGCACUCGGUUUCCACAGCCUAGAUCUGCUCCUAGUUCUCCUACUUUAGAAAGCAGGGCUAUUUCUUUUAGCUCGCCUUCAAAAUCUCCCAGUGGGUUUACAGCAACUACCAGUUACCGCAAGGAACUUAGAUUACGUAAUAGUAAUAUCGAUACAAGUAGAAAACAGUACUCUCCUCUAAGUCCGAGUACUCCAGAAGACCAAGAUUCACCUCCAGAACGACUCAAUAUAGAUCUAAUGCAUGAACUUCGAAAUGUGAUAUUCCCAAAUACGCCUCCCGUAGACAGAACUUUGAAACCAGUUCGCAGUUUAGACAGCUUGAGACCUGCAUGGAGUGGGCGCUUGCGGCACGGUCCUCUGCCCUAUUCCCUUUCCCAAAAUUCCACUGACAUUCCUCCAAAACCAAAAUCCAUACCUGACCCACCCCAUGAACUUUCAUCAAAUCAAAUUUCCAACUUGUAUUCCAAUAAAUUUCCUCAAAAUUCGGAAUCGAACUCGAGUUUGCAAAGAAGGAAAGAUUUUUUAAAUUCACAAUUGGUGGACACAUCACCACUCAUUAAUAUUUCUCCUGAUACACCAAAAACUAUAGAGACUCAUCAUGAGUAUAUCAAUCCCUCCAAUCCUUUCGCUAAUACGCAAGUUUCACAAUCCAAAAUAAAUGGAGAGGUUUUCGGAAGCGAAAAGCAAGGGAAAAUUAGUGAUAAAUUAUUGUGUAAAGAUCCUUUCGAGGCAGAUUCUUUGGUAAAAAGUAGUAUGCAAGAUCCUUUCGAUACGAGUCGAGUACUGAUUCCGAUGAAUCCUACAUUUCAUUCCAUGAACCAUCAGCCAUCCAUUAAUUCUCAUCCAUCACCUCCAUUGAACACUGAACUCUGCUCGUCACCCACUAAGGAACCUUCAGAAACUCAAGACUUAAUCAGAUUAGAUUCAACGAAUAGCGAUGACGAUUUCGAUCCCCUUCUCACCAGAUCAUCAAGAUUCAACGCUCCAAAUCAAAUGAGCCAAUCACUUCACAUUCCACAAAUGGGCGAAGGUCUCAGUAAUCCAUUAUACCCCUAUUUUCUACCCCCAAGUCAGAGCAACGCCGAAACACAUACAUCCCAACAUCAUCCCGAAAAAAGCAAAGAUUUCGAUUUAUUACAGGAAUACGGCCUAGAUUUUAAUAAAUUCAGUCUAACUAAUGGCGCUUCUUCCUCGAAAAUUCCAGCUACUUUUAGUCAAGACCAUUCAGAAAAUAAUUUUGGUGUUAGCAAUACUUUUGGGGCGUCAUUCAACGCUCAAGGUAUCAAAUCACAGAAUAAUUGGACCAAAUUCGAGUAAAGGAGAAUUUAAACUAUGCAUUUUAAAUCUUAAAAGAUUCAAAACUAGCAUAACAAUUACGAAAAAAAGUCUGCAUGAACACUAAAAUAUCGAAAGUAUGAAAGUUUAGGUACAAAUUUGAGUGUCUGAGAAUUUCGAAGUGAAACUUAAUUAAAUUAAAUUUUGAUCCAUUGGAAAUUUUGAUGGUACAAUUAAAAAAUAUUCGAUAUGCUUCAAUUUUUAAGAAAUCCAAAUUCGCAAAAUAUCCAAUUUUUAAUUUAAUUGGAUAUUGAAGGUUUAAAAGUUGAUUCGAUUCUAUUAAUUGAAAAUUGUUCGCAGUCCUUUAGGAAUUAUAAGAAAUACCUGAAAAGCAGGGAUAGGGACGAAAUUAAGGGUCAUUUUCUGAUAUUUGCCAAUCAUUUCUGUAAAUUUUAAUUUACCUGAAAACUUUUCUUAAUUUUAGUUAAAUUAUUUUAAAUUUAUCGAAAUAAUUGGGAAAUAUCGAAAAACGUCCCUUAAUUUCGUUCGAAUACCUGCUGAAAAGUCAUUAGUAUUACCAGUAAUCUAAGUAUUUUUGCAUAGCGUAGAUAUAAUUUAUGCAAUGCGUCCGAUGUUGGCAAUAUUAGGCUCUACCAAAUGAAAGUUAAUUAGCUUAAAUGUUUACGUUUCUGUUUGAAAAUGUUUAAAUGGAGAUACAUCAAAUAUGCAUCUUCUAAAUUUAAAUUUGAAGUAAAUAAUAAAAUCGAGAAUAAAUUUAAAAUUCAGUUAACUUAAUAAAUUCAAUUUAAUAACUUUGUAUUUAAAUUCGGAAGAUCUAAAUUUUGAAUCUCCAAAAAAAUUGAGGAAGCUUCGAAUAAAUUGCGGUCUGAAAGAAAGCUUUUUAGAACCUAGCACACGUUUCUGCGCUUUAGGAAGUCGGAAAUCUCCUGUUGGUAACAUAUCAUAAUUAUAAUUGUAAAUACGAAAUUUGUAUAUCUUAAUAUUUAUGUAAAUAAUAAGCAAUUUUAGGUACUAAGCAAUGACAGUCCAGAAAAUAAACGUUAACAAUUGUGUUCUUCCUCUCGUUUAUUCGCGAGUGCAGCCAAAAUAUAAACGAUAACUUCGUUUUUAACAAUCUUGUAAGCCUUUUAACGAAGCCGUAACACACACAAAAUUAACACACCGGUUCGUACAUAAUAUAUUUUAUAGAAAUAUUAAAAGAGGGUGACAAUAUUUUCCUUAAAAAUUGUGAUUACGAAUAUUAUCAUUAUUAUGAUUAUUAUUAUUAUUAAUAAUAUUAUUGAUAUUUUAGUGCUUUUGUUACUCUCCGAACUCAUUUAAAGGAACUCAGAAGUUUUUUUAUCCAAUCUCAUAGAACAAGUAGAAUACUCAAUUAUCACGUAUAGAUCGUAUCCAAA